AGCGACGUCUCACAUUGAUGCAAUUUUGUGUCUUUCACGGAGAGAAAGAGAGAGAGAGAGAGAGAGAGAGAAAAAGCGAGAGAAACCAGGAGAGAGACAGAAAGGGACGCUCACGCUCCUCCCUCCUUCUCCUCCUGCGUCUCGGCUCUCUGUUCGCAGUAUAGCCGAGAAGCGAGCGUCUCCCGGCGGCUUGCUCUCCGGCAUCCCUCCGCUCAAGCGGGAUGCAAAGCGAGCUUACCAAGCUGUGGUACCUCCACUCUUCGACACUUUUCCACGCCAUUCCUAAUCUUUAUGGGUGAUUUUUUAUUUCAUAGACACGCAUUUUAAUGUGGAAAAAAAUCAUUACUUAAACGGAACUAAACUGCUGUGGAAGUAGGACGCCAUUUAUGGGAUGGAGAAUUUCCAGUCGUCGGUGAAGAUACGCUGAAGUCAAGCUGGUUGUGAAGGUGCAGGACUUGUCCCCCCCUACGCCCCAGGCCGGAGACAAUAUGGCGGCGGGAGUGGCGGCAUGGCUUCCCUUUGCCCGGGCGGCGGCCAUUGGCUGGAUGCCUGUGGCUAAUCUUCCCAUGCCCGUGGCGCCGACUGAGAAGAACAAGCGUAAGGAUGAAUUAAUCAUUCUAAAUGUCAGCGGACGACGAUUCCAAACCUGGAGGAAUACAUUGGACCGCUAUCCGGACACCCUGCUGGGAAGCUCCGAGAAGGAGUUCUUCUACAACGAAGAGACACAAGAGUACUUCUUUGAUCGGGAUCCUGACGUGUUUCGAAGUGUGUUGAACUUUUACCGCACAGGCAAGCUCCACUAUCCUCGUUACGAGUGUAUUUCGUCCUACGAUGAAGAGCUCGCGUUCUUUGGCAUUGUUCCGGAGAUCAUCGGCGACUGCUGUUACGAAGAGUACAAGGACAGGAAGAGGGAAAACGCGGAACGUCUAAUGGACGACCAGGAGGACAAUAAGGAUGCUAAGCUCCCCAAUAUGACCUUCAGGGAGACAAUGUGGCGGGCUUUCGAGAACCCUCACACUUCCACAAUGGCGCUGGUUUUCUACUAUGUCACCGGCUUCUUCAUCGCCGUGUCCGUUAUCACAAACGUGGUGGAAACGGUCCCCUGCGGUUCCGCGCCCAAUCAGAAGGAAGUUCCAUGCGGCGAGCGCUACACCGUGGCCUUCUUCUGCAUGGACACGGCUUGCGUCAUGAUCUUCACUGUGGAAUACCUGAUGCGUUUAUUCGCCGCACCGAGCCGCUACCGUUUCAUGAGGUCCGUCAUGAGUAUCAUCGACGUGGUGGCCAUUUUGCCAUAUUAUAUCGGCUUAGUGAUGACGGACAACGAGGACGUGAGCGGCGCCUUUGUGACGCUGCGGGUUUUCCGUGUGUUCCGUAUCUUUAAGUUCUCCCGUCACUCUCAGGGCCUUCGCAUCCUGGGCUACACUCUGAAGAGCUGCGCCUCCGAGCUGGGCUUCCUGCUUUUUUCCCUCACUAUGGCCAUAAUUAUAUUUGCUACCGUCAUGUUCUACGCAGAGAAGGGUUCAAGCUCCAGUAAAUUCACCAGUAUCCCGGCCUCCUUCUGGUACACCAUCGUUACUAUGACAACCCUCGGGUAUGGAGACAUGGUUCCGAAAACCAUCGCGGGGAAGAUCUUUGGUUCAAUCUGCUCUCUGAGUGGGGUGCUGGUAAUCGCCCUGCCCGUUCCGGUCAUCGUGUCCAACUUUAGCCGAAUCUAUCACCAGAACCAAAGAGCAGACAAACGGCGGGCGCAGAAAGUACAGAAAGCCCGCUUGGCCAGAAUACGAAUAUCGAAAACGGGGAGCUCCAGUGCCUUCAUCCAUAACAAGCGUAAUGGCCUCUUCAAUGACGCUUUGGAGCUCACGCAACUUCCGUACAAGAUGAACCUUUCAGAUCAGGGUUCUGCUGACGAGGAGCAACGGUUAAGUAAGUCAACCUCUCUGUUAGAGAGCCAGCAUCAUCACCUGCUGCACUGUCUGGAGAAAACAACAAACCACGAGUUUGUGGAUGAGCAGUAUUACCAGCAGAGCUACCUGGAUGCGGGGCUGCAGAAUUACCCGUCUCGAAGCCCCUCCCUUUCCAGCCAAGAGGGCGUCACGGGAACGUGUUGCACCCGCCGAAGCAACAAGCACCACAGCCCUUUAGCCAACGCCAGCGCCCUGGCACACAUGCAGUCUUUGACGCAUGCACACCAGCAAGGCUUGCAGGAGCUCAGCACCAUCCACAUCCAGCCCCUCAGCACCAGCCGCUCCAGUCUGAACAUGCGCAUCGACGAGCCGGCGCCCCUCAACUGCCAGGGCAGCCAGAUCACCACCGCAAUCAUCAGCAUUCCCACGCCACCGGUCGUGACCCCUGAGGGCGACGCCCAUCUGCCAGCAGGCCCCACCCAUCAGAACAUUGUCAAGGUGUCCGCGUUGUGAAAGAAGGCGGGAUUGUUAAAGACUCACCUGGACAGAAUGAGGGACAAAGGGGAGACAUGAUGUUGGAGGAGGAAGACGUUGGUCGGCCGUGGUGGAGCCUGCCCUCUGCUGGCCAUGCACUGGAACAACAUGGACUCCCUGCACUGGAAAGGAGUUAGAUACAGUACAUCCAUGUCAAUUGGUGUGUGUGUGUGUGUGUGUGUGUGUGUGUGUGUGUGUUCCCCAAGCAAUUCUUAUGCCACUGAGCACAAAGCACCUUUUUAUGAUUUCUGCAUCAGUUUGACUUUUUUAAAAAGCAAAGGAAUAUUAGGGAAAAAACAUAAAUGGUAUUAUGGUGAAAUGACUUUACUGUGCCCUUCUAGUGCUUCUAGUGUCCUUCUGGUCUGCUAAUAAACAAAUGUGUCACCAUCCCUUACUAGUGGUGUGGUAACGAUCCAAUACCAACUGAGCCGGUAUCGCCAAUACUGAUACUUUUUAAAAAUCUGAAAAAAAUAAUAACUUUUGUUAUUUUCCUUUUAGAUUUAAAUGAAUAUGAAUUAUAUUGAUUAUUAUAUUAGUGAAGUAAAUAUAAAAUGGGGGGGCAGGUUGCAUCUGACAGAAACUUCUGUAGUCGAUCAUCUCACAUUGAUAUCAAUCAAUACUGAUACCAACCAUGUUAUUGAUAUUUGGAUUGAUGGUGUCGAUACCAACCUUGGUAUCAAUAUGAUUGACAUUUGGAUCGAUGAUUUCGAUACCAACUUUGGUAUCAAUAUUAUUGCCAUUUGGAUCGAUGAUAUCGAUACCAACUUUGGUAUCAAUAUUAUCGACAUUUGCAUCGAUGGUGGUGAUACCGACCACGGUAUCGAUGUUAUCGACUUUUGUAUCGAUUAUAUCGUGAUAUCGAUACCGACUUUGACAUUGAUGUUAUUGACAUUUGUAUCGAUGAUGGCGAUACCGACCUUGGUAUCAAUGUUAUUGACAUUUGUAUCGAUUAUAUCAUGAUAUCGAUAACGACUGGCAUUGAUGUUAUCGACAUUUGUAUCGAUGAUGGCGAUACCAACCAUGGUAUUGAUGUUAUCGACAUUUGUAUCGAUGAUGGCGAUACCAACCAUGGUAUCGAUGUAAUUGACAUUUGUAUCGAUGUAAUUGACAUUGGAUCGAUGAUGUUGAUACCGACCAUGGUAUCGAUGUAAUUGACAUAUGUAUCGAUGAUGUUGAUACCGACCAUGGUAUCGAUGUAAUUGACAUUUGUAUCAAUGGUGUCGAUACCAAACUUGGUAUCGAUAUUACUGGUAUUUGGAUUGAUGAUAUCAUGCCAUUGAUAUUGACUUUGGUAUUGAUGUUAUCGACUUUUGUCUCGAUGGGGUCGAUACUGACCUUGGUAUCAAUGUUAUCGACAUUUGUAUUGAUGGGGUCGAUACGACCUUGAUAUCAAUGUUAUCGACAUUUGUAUCGAUGAUGUCAAUACAACCUUGGUAUCAAUGUUAUCGAAAUUUGGAUCGACUAUUAUCGAUGUUUGUAUCGAUCCACCCACCACUAUCCCUUACCACUUCCAGCAUCAGGCCACUUGAGGAAUAAUUCCAUAUGAUAACAUAUUUGUACGUUUGUGCGAGUGUGUAAUUUUCCUAGCUAGAAUAAUUGUAACGUUCUGGGUGGAAGGUAUGUGCCUCUAUGGGAGCGUGGGAACGCGUGGGAGCGUGUGUGCGUGAAUGCGGUGACUUCAGCGGAUUGAAAAGUUGUAUUUCAAUACUUCCGGAAGUCCAUCUAUGGCUCUUAUAUGGUAUAUUUGACUAGCUGCCACCCUGAAGGGUUCAGUACACAUUUAGGUCCCAAAUCCUCAGCUUUGAACCUUUCUAUACAAAAUGUGCCUGUUUAUGGUUGGAAGUAUUGAUUUGUGUUCUUAUAUCUCAAUAUCUUGCCCUGGGGCCCUCAAACUAAAAUUCAACAUAAAUGAUAUUUUGAAUUGAGCGGCACAGCAAUUAAGCACAAGGCAUCCAUUGAGGAUUUGGGACUUGAACCUGUUCUGACUCUAGGCUGUUUGUGAAUAUUGUUAAUAGAAUAUUUUGUAAUAUUUGACCAUCAUUCGGCAGAGCCAGUGAAGCCGUUCUGUCCUCCAUUUGUAUUCCUCUCUCUGUCGUCAUUGUCGUCCACUCGUCCCCCCUCCCCCCGUGUCCUGUGUGAUCAAACGUAUGCUUUAAUUAAUUAGUCUUUCUAGCUGUCAAAGCGUCCUUUCUCCCCCCCCCCCCCCC